GGUGAACAUCUUAACUCUAUUUUACCACUUUCCCCUAACAUUUUUAUCUUCCUCUCUUUGUCCCUUUACAAAUUACAACACCAAUACGAAACAAGUUAAAUUUCUCCGGCGGCUUUGAAUCUAUAGGAGGAGGAAAGGAACACAGAGCCACCGGUGUUGUAAAACAUUUAACUUUCAGCUGGUAAAUGGUAGUUAGAGAGACAAAGAUGAUGUCUGAGCGAGAAGUAGAGUCAUCGGCAAGACAUAAUGGAGGAGGAGCUGGAGGAGGAGGAGGAGGAGGAGAGAAUCAUCCGUUUUCAUCAUUGGGAAGACAAUCAUCCAUCUACUCAUUGACCCUCGACGAGUUCCAACACGCUCUCUGUGAGAACAACGGCAAGAACUUCGGAUCCAUGAACAUGGACGAGUUCCUCGUCUCUAUUUGGAACGCUGAGGAGAAUAACAACAACAAUCAUCAAGCUGCCACAGCCGCAGCUUCUCAUCCUCCAGUUCCACACAAUGGUUUCAACAAUGGUGGAGGUGAGAGUGGAGUGUUUGGUGGUGGCUCUUCAGGUAACCAAAGAGAUAACAAGAGGUCAGGGAUAGCUAAGCAGCCAAGUCUUCCACGACAAGGCUCGUUGACACUUCCAGCUCCGCUUUGUAGAAAGACUGUUGAUGAAGUUUGGUCUGAGAUACAUAGAGGUGGAGGUGGUGGUGGUGGAGAUAGUAAUGGACGCAGUAGUGGUCAAAACAAUACUCAUAAAGGCGGUGGUGAGAGUGCGGCUAGGCAACCAACUUUUGGGGAGAUGACACUUGAGGAUUUCUUGGUGAAGGCUGGUGUGGUUAGAGAACAUCCCACUAACCCUAAACCUAUUCUGAACCCGACCCCGUCCAAUGUCAUACCCGCACCUACGCAGCAGCAACAGCUUUACGGUGUGUUUCAAGGAACAGGAGGAGGAGGGUAUCAGCAGGCACCACCGGUUCAACCAGGUGUUUGCUAUGGUGGUGGUGGUGGUGGGUUUGGAGCAGGUGGACAGCAGAUGGGGAUGGUGGGACCGUUAAGCCCGGUGUCGUCAGAGGGGUUAGGACAUGGACAAGUGGAUAACAUGGGAGGACAGUAUGGAGUUGAUAUGGGAGGGUUAAGGGGAAGGAAAAGAGGAGGUGAUGGUCCGGUAGAGAAGGUGGUUGAGAGAAGGCAGAGGAGGAUGAUCAAGAACCGUGAGUCUGCUGCUAGGUCUAGAGCAAGAAAGCAGGCAUAUACAGUGGAAUUGGAAGCAGAAUUGAACCAGUUGAAAGAAGAGAACACUCAGCUAAAACAUGCUUUGGGAGAGUUGGAGAGGAAAAGGAAGCAACAGUAUUUUGAGAGUUUGAAGACAAGAGCACAACCGAAGUUACCGAAAGCAAGCGGGAGAUUAAGGAAAUUGGUGAGGAAUCCAAGUUGUCCUCUCUGAACAAACAAACAAUCAGUAGGAGACAGAAAGAGGAACUGUCGGUUAGUUAUGUCAUGAGGCAUGAUCUUCUCUACUUACUUUCUUGUCGACAAGAAAGUAGAUUCCCUGUUUCAACGUUAUGAAUCUUUGGAGAAUAUAACAAGUGUUAUGUUAUUAGUUUUAGUUACAAUCCUUCUCAAGUGUCUGUUUCAGUCUAUAUCUUCCUUCGGUGAGUACUGAACUGUGACCACUACUCUUGGUCCAGA